GUUUGGGUACUGGGGAGGAACUUGUGUCAGCUGGGCAGGGCAGAUUUAGGGAAAAACCUCAAUGAGGUGAGGGGAGGGAGCUCUGCACAGAUGGAGGAAGAGCAGGCUGCCACAAAAAGGGCAAUUUUCAGGACCUUUAUUGACAGGAGGAGCCUGGGUUUGGUUUGUGGGCUGGGAAGUGAGGAAUGCUGCGUGGCACAUUCCAGGUGUGGACUGUCAGCUUGUGCUGAGUUCUGAGGAGCUGUGGAGACCUGCAGCGGGCUGAGUUUGGGAAUACAGGCGUUCCUGUGCCCCUCCGUGGAAAACCUGUGUGUUUGUGGGAGGGAGUGCUGGGAUUUGAACCCCAAAAACGGGACUGAGGGAGGCGAACGUUGCCACGAAGAAGGCAAAGAACUGGAGCUGCGAUGACCAUUUUGUGCCCUGGGCGAUGAAAUACACGGAGGAGGGUUCAUUUAGGGGGAAACCUGAGUUUGGAAUGAACUUUGGGACGGCCGUGGUGGAAUUUUGGGGGUGGAGGCUGUUGGCUUGUUCUGUUCUCCGUGGGGAUACGCAGCAGAUACCCCGAGGUUGGCAUCGGGGGCUGCCACGAGGGGCAGGGGUGUGACCUGGUGCCAAGGGCAGUGCGUCAGGAGGGCCGUGCUGGCGGCGGGGCUGGCUGGGCACCGAGACAAUUUUCCGGCGGGGAGGCGGCGGAGCAGUCGCUGGGAGGGGAACUGAGAAGCUCACUGGGCAGUAUUUAUUCACUGGGCAGUAUUUAUUCACUGGGCAGUAUUUAUUCACAGGCACAUUUGCAGCCCCAGUCACAAGCCAGGCUCCUCCUGCUCGGAUUCCGCUCGCGGAGCGCGGUGGGAAGCGAUUCCUCUGCUGCUGCUGCUGCUGCCCUUGGAGUGUCUUCUCCCCGCUUUUCUGGCUCUGUGUGAGGCAGGCAGGAAUUGCUCCAGGCAGGCCAGGUUGGAGUGAGAGCAGCCUUUCUGCAGAGCCCAGGAUGAGUUCCAUGCUGACCUCGGCCAUCCGGAGCCUGCCCGUGUCCUCAGCCUGGGCUGCCGGGGCCUUUGCUCGGUCGCUCAGCUGCUCCUCACAGCUCCAAGCCACAGCCCAGCCCAAGACUAAGAAGACCUUGGGCAAGAGUGGAGUGAAGAAUGUUGUGGUGGUGGAGGGCGUCCGCAUCCCGUUCCUGCAGUCCGGCACCUCGUACGCGGAUCUGAUGCCACACGACCUGGCAAGGGCAGCACUGCAGGGCCUGCUGACCCGCACCAGCGUCCCAAAGGAUGUUGUGGAUUACAUUGUUUAUGGCACAGUUAUCCAGGAGGUGAAAACCAGUAAUGUUGCCAGAGAGGCUGCCUUGGGAGCGGGUUUCUCCGACAAAACUCCGGCCCACACCGUCACCAUGGCCUGCAUUUCCUCCAACCAGGCGAUGACCACGGGCGUGGGGCUGAUCGCGGCCGGGCAGUGCGACGUGGUGGUGGCCGGAGGGGUGGAGCUCAUGUCGGACGUUCCCAUCCGGCACAGCAGGAAGAUGAGGAAGACGAUGCUCACCCUGAACAGGGCCAAGACCUUGGGCCAGAAGCUCUCCCUGAUUUCCAAAAUUCGCCCUGACUACUUCGCUCCCGAGCUCCCGGCCGUGGCCGAGUUCUCCACCAGUGAGACCAUGGGGCACUCUGCCGACCGCCUGGCCGCCGCCUUCGGCGUGUCCCGCCUGGAGCAGGACGAGUACGCCCUGCGCUCCCACACGCUGGCCAAGAAGGCCCAGGACGAGGGGCUGCUGCUGGACGUGGUGCCCUUCAAAGUGCCAGGCAAAGACACAGUCACCAAGGACAACGGGAUCCGGCCCUCCUCCAUGGAGCAGAUGGGGAAGCUGAAGCCGGCGUUUGUCAAGCCCUAUGGAACUGUGACAGCAGCCAACUCCUCCUUCCUGACGGACGGAGCGUCGGCGAUCCUGCUCAUGUCCGAGGAGAAGGCCCUGGCCAUGGGCUACAAACCCAAGGCCUACCUGAGGGACUUCGUGUACGUGUCCCAGGAUCCCAAGGACCAGCUGCUGCUGGGCCCAACAUAUGCCACCCCCAAAGUGCUGGAGAAGGCCGGGCUCACCCUGAACGACAUCGACGUGUUCGAGUUCCACGAGGCCUUUGCUGGCCAGAUCCUGGCUAACCUGAAGGCCAUGGAUUCAGACUGGUUUGCACAGAACUACAUGGGCAGGAAGUCGAAGGUGGGGGCCCCUCCCCUGGACAAGUUCAACACCUGGGGGGGGUCCCUGUCGCUGGGACACCCCUUCGGGGCCACCGGCUGCCGCCUGGUCAUCACUGCUGCCCACAGGCUGAAGAAGGAGGGGGGUCAGUUCGGCCUGGUGGCCGCCUGUGCCGCGGGGGGACAGGGCCACGCGAUGAUCGUGGAGCUUUACCCCCAGUAAAGCAGUGCCCGUCCGUCCCGUGCCCGGCGAUGCCACCUCAAUGCACUAACAAAUCCUACACCCCCUCCUCCUCCGAGGGGGGCUUUGUGGCCUUUAUCAAUCCCUUUUAGCUGCUCAGCCAGCGAUUUGUAUCUGAUGAACACGCUCUAUUCCACUGCCAGCAGAGGAACAGCCAACGUGGCUCGGAGUCUCCGCAGGCUCCUCGUAACCUGUCUGCUCCCUCUGGGAACUCCUCAGGAUUUCUCCCAGUGGGGAACAAAAAUGAUUGCAAAGCUCUGUGCAGAGAACUAAGUUUGGAGACAGGGAGAACGUGAAGCACUGGCGGUGGGUGGGCUGAGGGGGGUGAAUGCCGUGGGCAGGAGCAGCUCUUUGGGGCAGGGGGGUCAGUCCCAGGGGCUGAGCUGGGCUCUGAGGGGGCAGUUUUGCUGCACGAUGUCCAAAGGCUGCUGGAAUGAGCAAAUUGCAUCUGACAAAUGAAUGUCACCGAUGUAACAACCACAAUAAAUCAGGACAGAACACA